AUUAUGGGACACAAAGUGCAAAAAGGAUUAGCACAGGGAGGCUAGCUAAAGAACCUCAACGAAACGGUACAAACAUUUACGUUUUGUAAACCUUUUAAAAACAACUUGAGCAAUCGACCGCUCCAAGUAUUAAUGAAAAUCUCAAAUUUAUCUGUGUUUGGCCAACGAAUGUUUCCCAAACACAAGGAAUUCCAAAGAACGGGCUAAAUAGGCACCGAUAACAGCCUGCUUGCAAGCUAGGCUGCUUUGUGCUGUUGCACKCACAGCUGUGGUSUGUUUACAUCGGCCUCAUUUGACUCCACAACCCGAGGCCGAUCAAGUCGAACAACAGACCGAAUCAUACACUGUUCUAUCUACUGAAGGUAUAUUUCUUUGCAUGGUGAACGCCCUCCAGAGCAAGUACACUAAGRCAAAGAUGGGGGUCAAAACCUUUACACACAGUUCCCCCACGCACAGUCAAGAGAUGCUGGAAAAGCUAAACGCCCUGCGCAACGAGGGCCACCUCUGCGAUGUCACCAUCCGGGUGCAGGACAAGUUGUUUCUGGCGCACAAGGUGGUGCUGGCCUGCUGCAGCGAGUUCUUCCGCUCCAAACUGGUGGGCAGGCCUGAGGAGGAGGACAAGUUUGUGUUGGACUUGCACCACGUCACGGUGAGCGGCUUCACCCCUCUGCUGGAGUACGCCUACACCUCCACCCUUUCCAUCAGCACGGAGAACAUCAUCGACGUUUUAGCCGCCGCCAGUUACAUGCAGAUGUUCGCUGUGGCGAGCACAUGCUCAGAAUUCAUGAAGUCCAGCAUCCUCUGGAGCGCCGGGAAUAUGGGGCAGGAGAAACCGCAGGAGUCGGCUCUYGGCGAGAGUGCUUCCUCCCACUGCGCCUUGACCCCAUUGGACAGCAGCCUGUCACCUGUAUCGUCUGACUGCAGCGUGAUGGAGAGGAACAUCCCUGUGUGUCGCGAGUCGCGCCGCAAACGUAAGAGCUUUAUCAUGAUGUCCCCAGAGAGCCCACUCAAAUGCACCUCACAGAUCACCUCGCCGCAGAUGCCCAACCCAUCGCCCUCCUCCUUCUCAGAGACCGCCACCCAGCCCGUGGACUCUUCCCUGGCCUUCCCGUGGACCUUCCCCUUCGGUAUCGACCGGAGGUUYCACCCGGAUAAGCAGCCCAAGCUUCCCGAGAGCCCACGCCGUCUGGACCAGGCAGGGCCCUCGGAGGUGAGCCGCCGGCUGAGUGACUUCCUGGCCUGUGAAAGCUCCAUUAAGGCGCCACUGUCGCUGGCGGGUCCCGAGGAGGACGUGCGUGUGAAGGUGGAGAGGCUGAGUGACGAGGAGGUCCAGGAGACAUUGUCGCAGCCCGUCAGCGCUUCCCAGAGUUCUCUGAGCGACCAGCAGACAGUGCCCUGCAGCGAACAGGUCCAGGAGGACCUCCUCAUCAGUCCGCAGUCCUCCUCCAUAGGUUCGAUAGAUGAGGGARUCACAGAAGGGUUGCCCUCAAUGCAAAGUACAUCCAAUGCUGGAGGYCAUGCUGAGGAUGAUGAAAGAUUAGAAAGCCUCCAGUACCCUUACCACUURUACAUAAGCCCUUCAACCCGCCCUGGCACUAACGGGCCUGACAGACCUUUCCAGUGCCCCACGUGUGGCGUCCGAUUCACCCGCAUACAGAACUUGAAGCAACAUAUGCUCAUCCACUCUGGCAUUAAGCCUUUCCAGUGUGAUCGCUGUGGGAAAAAGUUCACACGGGCCUACUCCCUAAAGAUGCACCGGCUGAAGCACGAAGGUAAACGCUGUUUCCGGUGCCAGAUUUGUAGUGCCACAUUCACGUCCUUCGGCGAAUAUAAGCACCACAUGAGGGUGUCCCGCCACAUAAUCCGCAAGCCCCGGAUUUACGAGUGCAAAACGUGUGGCGCCAUGUUUACCAACUCUGGCAAUUUAAUUGUACACCUGCGGAGUCUGAACCAUGAGGCAUCUGAACUAGCAAACUACUUCCAGAGCAGUGAUUUCCUCAUGCCCGACUACCUGAGCCAAGUGCAGGAGGAGGAGACUCUGGGGCAGUACGAGCKKGUGGAGCACGGCUUYGAAGGCAACAAYUCGUCUGUCCAGAUGCCGGUCAUCUCCCAGGUCUCYUCCACCCAGAAUUGCGAGAGCAGCACCUUCCCCCUGGACCCUUUAUCCUUGAAGGACGAAAACGUGUCAGAGGAGCCAAAGACAAAUGGCAGUAACAGCUCCCCGGACAGCUCGGAGGAGGAGAACGCCCACAUCAAAGAGCUGGCUUCCAUUACGAUUGAGUGACUGUCACUUCCUAAUUGUCCCACUCGUUUCCCCUCCAAUCCAAAGCCCUGACUUUGGAAAGUGCCUGAGAUUGCCCUUCUUUAACGAGCACCACUAGAAUUAGAGGUCUUAACUUUGCUAACAGUGACAAGUAGUUUCUUUCCUUACUUAUUGGAUUAUUGUUUUUUGCAUAAUGAUAGUUCAUAUAUAUAUAUUUUUUUUUUUACCGUUAUUUUACCAGGUAAGUUGACUGAGAACACGUUCUCAUUUGCAGCAACGACCUGGGGAAUAGUUACAGGGGAGAGGAGGGGGAUGAAUGAGCCAAUUGUAAACUGAUAGAUAUGAUAAAUAUGAUAGAUGCUGUGUUACUUCUUGAGUGCCGUCGCUUCGGGCAAACUGUUAGUGUUACUAAAUAUUAUUUGAUAAUAGAAUGCUACGUUGGAUUUUGUCGUGAUUUAUGUGAGAGGUGUGUAUGUAUUCCUUCGUGAAUAGGAACACAGUACAUUUAAAUCUUAAAAACAACAACUAUUAUUUGAAAACUUGAAAUUGCAUUAUAGAGCUCUCAUUCUCUUUCUUUACGCGCAAUAUGAAUGAACUGUAGCUACUACACUUGAAUUGUAUUGGGUGUUGUUCAUAAUUUAGGUAUCUACUGUGGCUUUGACUCUCAAAGGUCGGGUCACAAAGGCAUGGCAGCAUUUCAUAUGUGAAGUCAAUGGUUAAUUCAUCAAGAGAGACGCACUGCAGCGGGUGCGCUUUCCGAUAUCUGGAAGAGCUAGGCUAAGUUCAAAUGUGAAGUUAAAGUGUAGUUAAUUUGUCGGACCUAUUUCAUUAGAAAUACUUGUACCUAGCAGUUCUUGUGUGAUGGACAUCUCUAUACUGACAUAUUUGUAAUAUGUCAGCUGUGUGACAAAAAAAUGAGUCUCACUAUAAUUAGUGGUUAAAUAAAAUAAAAAAUGUCAGUGAGGUAGAAUGACUUAUAACUAAUAUGCUUCAAUGUCACUGUUUUGACAUACAAUGAGACCAUGUUGCAUUUGGUGGAGCAUGUGUUGGUAGGAAUAUUUCUACCUAACUUUACACAGACGGUUUACUUUGGACAUGAAUGUGAGUGACAUUCUUCGGACUAACAUUGUACUAAUCAAGUGGUCAGCACAUUGGAAUUUAUAGCUGGGUGCCUUGCUUUUACUUUGAGUUGAGUUUUGUAAUUCCGUGUAUAUGGAGCCAGGAGAGGUCUUCAAUAACAUGGCCAACAUGACAUGGCUUUGUAUCAUUUAAGUGUGAUCGAUAGAUAUUUUCAUCUUCAUAGUGUUUUCGGUUCACCUUGAGAUUUUCAGGWAAAUUUUCUUUGUCACUGCUUUUCAACAGACAUCUUGCCCUAGCUUGGACACCUGUUAUAUUGAGCCAUCACUAGUCAGUUGCACAUCACCAUGCCUUUAUAAUAAGGUGGUGAUACUCCAUUGAUUAAAUGCUACUGAUAUUUAUUUGUUCAUUAAGUGUAGUCCUUAUCAAUUCAUUAAUCUUGGUAGUCCUACAAAAAAGGACUUUUGCGUUCCAAUGAAAUGCAAAAUAGAUUACAAACUCUGAUGGUAACAUAAAAAAUAUUACUAGGAAAAUAAGAAUUUGGUGAUAUUUAACAUGAUGAAUCUGUUAUUAUUUUUGUUUUGUCAUGUUAGCAGAUGCUCUUAUCCAGAGCAACUUACAGUAGUGAGUGCAUAUCUUGGGCUCAGAGAAGUAAAGUGUGUUUUAUAAUCAGAAUGGGUGCUCAGAGAUUUGACUUAUGAUUGUCUCGUGCCAUCCAAUCAACCUUUCCUAAAAGAUGUGGCAUUUAGCCUAACCACCCUAUGUCUGGGUAACAAUCAAGCUCUCCUAUUGGACCAAAUGUUCCCAGUCCCUUUGGGGGUUGGCGUGUCUACCAUUUUAAUCUAUCGUUGCUGUUGACAUUAUAAAGUAAGGAGGUAAUCAUGCUUGGUUUCCCCAUGCUAUUGAAAUAUUGUUCACAGGAAAUGUAAUUUUCACUCCGAUAGACACUGUAUCAUGUGCGAUGGAGAAACUAUAGCCUUUAUAUAGGACCUUGCAUAGCUUCAAGCUGCACAAUUUAAAAUCUGUAGUCAUUUUAUUUUUUCACACGUUUGAGCAUUUUAGCRCUUAAGUUAGCUUGUGUUUUGCGUGUGUUUGUUUCUGUUUGUAUUCAUAUACCUUUUUCAUAAAGAAAUGCUGCUGUUUGUUGAAACUUAAAGUGCCCAAAUAUUUUUGGUGAACCUAUUGUGUGCAAUAAAUGGACAAGCUGUUGGGUUCUAUGUUUAUAUUUUGUGUCUGAAUAAUGAAAGAAAAGAAUGUACUGUUUUCGUAUUGUUGUGUACUUAAAAUGUGAUAAAUUAACUGAAGAAAAACAAGUGAGAAUCCACUCAAUCUGUGAAAUCACGAACGAAGUGUACAUCUUGAUUUUUAAUUAGAUUAUUUUUAAAUUACUCCUAGGAUUGUGAAAUGCACGUUCAUUUGAAAGUCCUGUGAAUCUGAGAGCAUGUGUUUUCUUUCUUCUGUUUGCUGUUCAACAAGGCCUUGUUGAGGUGAGAUGUGUUAAAACCUCAGCACGUAUCAGCGUUUUGUUCUUGAUUUUUCUCCAACUAAAGUUUUUACAGAUAUUAGCAUGUCUUUCCUUUGUUCCCCAGAUGUAGCUUCUCUUAUGUGCAAUGUUUAAAAAAUGUAUUGACUAUAUAUGCCUUUUCAAUGUGUACAUGAUAUAUACAUUUCCUGGUUCAUAUUGUUUGUUGAAAAUAUGACAAAACGGUAGCUCUUAGUUAUACAUUAUAUAUUUUUGUGACUUUUGUAUUACGAUUGCUGUUUUAUGAGUAUGCCAUCUUUUGGAUAUUCUUGUUAAAUGUGAAUACAUCAAAUACAUGUUUAAUACAUGUUUAAGGAGUGUGGGCCUUUUAAUGUUCACUUUGUUGACUGUCUGCAAACACACAAACAUAUAUAUAUAUAUAUAUAUUGUAUAUUCUUUAUACUGUAGAUUAAUUUCCAACUUAGUUUGGAUGAUUGAAAAAUAUGUUGUAUUUUGUGACUUUGAUAUUUAAUCUGUACUUUCAUUUAACAGUUUUAAACAUCCCUGUAAUGCAAUUUGCAUAUGGUGCAAGAGCAAAAAUGUUUGUGGUUUCAUAAGCAAGUGUUGAAUGUUCAACUUUUCCAGAUCAUUUCCAAGAUGAACUGUUCUAAACUGAUGAAACCACUUUCUACUGCUAUACAGUUAAUGGAUGUUCCCAAUUCUGAUCUGUGUUUUUUCCUAGUUUGCAAUUAUAUUGUGAAGAGGGGUGUUUUGUACAGUCCAAAAAACAACUAAAAUGUAAAUAAAAACUUGCAUCGACUCCCA